GUGUAUGUUAUUUAUCCUACAGUGAAAAUAGUGCCAUGUUGAGCAUUUAAACUGAUUUUUUGGUGAAUGUUGCAGAAGGAAGGGGGGCAGUUUGAAUCCGAUCAGAGAAAUACUGAAAAUUUGAAGAACUGCUGUUCAGAAGAAAAUGUUGAAGGACAUAUCUCUACAAGUGUAAGUACUAAGCCUGGUUUAUUUAACAGUUGGGAAGAUUCAACAAAUCAAUUACAGAGACAUACUGGGGCACAAAGCGGGGAUGAAAUUUUAAAGUGUGAAUUGUGUGGGAAGGCAUUCUCUGUAUCUCUUUCUCUGACACAAAAUGGUAAAGAACCUGAUAUUUGUGACUAUUGUGAAAAGACAUUCAACCAAUCAGGCACCUUACAAAAAAAUAAAAGGGCACAUACUGGUAAUAUAAGCUAUAAAUGUGAUGUGUGUGAAAAACGAUUCAAACGAUUUUAUCCCUUGAAGAUACAUAUAAGGAUACAUACAGGUUAUAACCCUUAUAAUUGUGGUUUGUGUGGGAAAAAUUUCAUGGAAUUAGCAGUUUUAAAGAAACACAUGAACACACAUACAGGUGAUAAACCGUAUAAAUGUGGUAUUUGUGAAAAGGCAUUCAUAGAAUUAGCAGUUUUAAAGAAACACAUGCGGACACAUAUGGGAAAUAAACCUCAUAAAUGUGAUGAUUGUGGGAAGGCAUUCACACAGUCAGGUUCCUUGAAGAGGCACAGGAGGACACACACAGGUGAUAAACCUUAUAAAUGUGAUGUAUGUGGAAAGGAAUUCAGUCAGUCAGGUGACUUACAGAAACACAUGAGGAUACAUACAGGUGAUAAACCAUUCAAAUGUGAUGUAUGUCAGAAGACAUUCACCCAUUCACAAUGCUUACUGAGUCACAUGAGGACACAUACAGGUGAUAAACCUUAUAAAUGUGAUGUUUGUGGGAAGGUGUUCACACAGUCAGGUUCUUUGAAGAGACACAUGAGGACACACACAGGUGAUAAACCUCAUAAAUGUGAUGUUUGUGGAAAGGCAUUCAUACAGUCAAAUGACUUAAAGAAACACAUGAAUACACAUACAGGAAAUAAACCUCAUACUUGUGAUGUUUGUGGAAAGUCAUUUUCUGAAUUAAGCAACUUAAAGGCCCACCUUAUGGUACAUACAGGGGAUAAACCUUAUAAAUGUGAUGUAUGUGGGAAGGCAUUUACACAUUCAAGUGGCUUUAAGAAACACAGGAGGAUACAUAUAGGUGAUAAACCAUUCAAAUGUGAUGUAUGUCAGAAGACAUACACCAAGUCACAAUGCUUACAGAGCCACAUGAGGACACAUACAGGUGAUAAACCUUAUAAAUGUGAUGUGUGUGGGAAGACAUUUUACCUCUCACAAAGCUUACAGAGACACAUGAGGACACAUACAGGUGAAAGACCUUAUAAAUGUGAUAUUUGUGGGAAGGAAUUCAACCUCUCACAUCACUUACAAUUACACAUGAGGACACAUACAGGUGAUAAACCUUAUAAAUGUGAUGUAUGUGGAAAGGCAUUCAAUCUGUCAGGUGACUUAAAGAGUCACAUGAGGAUACAUACUGGUGAUAAACCUUACAAAUGUGAUGUUUGUGGAAAGGCAUUCAGUCGGUCACCUUACUUAAAGAGACACAUGAGGAAACAUACUGGUGACAAACCUUAUAAAUGUAAUGUUUGUGGAAAAGCAUUCAGUCGGUCACCCGACUUAAAGAGACACAUGAGGAAACAUACUGGUGACAAACCUUAUAAAUGUGAUGUUUGUGGAAAGGCUUUCAGUCGGUCACCUGACUUAAAGAGACACAUGAGGAUACAUACUGGUGAUAAACCUUAUAAAUGUGAUGUUUGUGGAAAGGCAUUCAGUCGUUCACCCGACUUAAAGAGACACAUGAGGAUACAUACUGGUGAUAAAUCUUUCAAAUGUGAUGUAAGUCCGAAGGUUUUCACCCACCAUGGCCCACAAGGGAACUCAGUCUUUGUCCAUUAUCUGUCAUCGUCUGUUUGCAUGGAAAGGGGAGAGUUUGAAUCCGAUCAGAGAAAUACUGAAAAUUUGAAGAACUGCUGUUCAGAAGAAAAUGAGACAAGAGAUGAAGAAAAACAAAUCAAUGCAAGUGUAAGUACUAAGCAUGGUUUAUUUAACAGUAGGGAAGAUUCAACAGAUCAAUUACAGAGGCAAACUGGGACACAAAGCGGGGAUCAAUUACAGAGGCAAACUGGGACACUAAGCGGGGAUCAAUUACAGAGGCAAACUGGGACACUAAGGGGGGAUCAAUUACAGAGGCAAACUGGGACACUAAGCGGGGAUCAAUUACAGAGGCAAACUGGGACACUAAGCGGGGAUCAAUUACAGAGGCAAACUGGGACACUAAGCGGGGAUCAAUUACAGAGGCAAACUGGGGCACAAAGCGGGGAUAAAAUUUUAAAGUGUGAAUUAUGUGGGAAGGCCUUCACUGCAUUAAAAGAAAUAAAAAGCUACCCGUGGACACAACCUGGUGAAGAACUUGACAUUCGUGAUGAUUGUGAAAAAACUUUCAACCAAUCAGGUGCCUUACACAAAAAUAAGAGAACACAUGCCUUGAAUACACAUAAAUGUGAUUUGUGUGAAAAACACUUCAAACGAUUUUAUACCUUGAAGAUACAUAUAAGGAUACAUACAGGUUAUAAACCUUAUAAAUGUGGUUUGUGUAAGAAAAAUUUCAUGGAAUCGGCAGUUUUAAAAAAACACAUGAAGACACAUACAAGUGAUAAACCUUAUAAAUGUGGUGUUUGUAAAAAGGCUUUCAUAGAAUUUACAGUUUUGAAGAGACACAUGCGGACACAUACAGGAAAUAAACCUCAUAAAUGUGACGUUUGUGGAAAGUCUUUUUCUGAAUCAAGCAACUUAAAGACCCACCUUAUGAUACAUACAGGUGAUAAACCUUAUAAAUGUGAUGUGUGUGGAAAGGCAUUCAGUCGGUCAACUGACUUACAGAGACACAUGAGGACACAUACAGGUGAUAAACCUUAUAAAUGUGAGGUGUGUGAGAAGGCAUUCACCCAGUCAUCACGCUUACAGACUCACAUGAGGACACAUACUGGUGAUAAACCUUUUCAAUGUGAAGUAUGUGAAAAGGCAUUCAUUCGAGUUGAUAAUUUACAGGAACACAUGAGGACACAUACAGGUGAUGAAUUGUAUAAGUGCGAUAUAUGUGGAAAGGCUUUCAACUGGGCAGGAAAACUACAGAUACACAUGAGGACACAUCCUGGUGAAAAACUUUAUAAAUGUGACAAGUGUAGGAAGGCAUUCAAGCUGUCUGAGGACUUACAGAAACACAUGAAGAGACAUACAAGUGAUAAACCUUAUUAAUGUUAUCUGUGUGCGAAAGGUCUUUCUCUGAUGUUAAUACUUUAAAAGACUAUAUGAUGAUACAUACAGGUGAAAAACCUUACAAAUGUAAUGUAUGUGGACAUGCAUUCAGCAGAGUAUAUAUAAAGAAACACUUAUGGACACAAUCAGGUGAUAGCAUAAAGUGUAGAAAAUAUAGGAUGGCAUAA